AUGGCUUAUCCUGUUUUAUGCCAUCCGUGCUACAUACAAUCCGUCUUCCAUUCUGAGUUCAGAAAAAUCCACACAUUCCAAAAUCCCCCCCUCAUCGAAAACAGGGGAAAUUGUAAAACCAUGGAAGAGACAACCUGGGAACAAAGAAUUAAUGCCUUAACCCACAUCAUAACCAGCCCCACAACCUCACCGUCCCUCCAUUCUCAGUACUUCAUAGCCACCCAAAUCCCCUGUUACCUCCACUGGGACUAUCCUCCGAUUCUCUGCAACCAAUCCUCCUCCCAGAAUUUCCCUUCGAUUCAAUUGAAAUGGGCUUUAUUAACUUACCUCAAAAGGGUUUCAGGAUGUGAUUUUCCUAGGGAUUCUUGGAGGUCAAAGUGCGCGUAUCAGAUCCCGCCACCAAUUAAACUUGCUGAUGGAGUGGAGGAAGCUCGGUGGGGUGAAGCAGAGAGGAGGGAAUAUGUUCGAAGAAGACUGAGAAGGAGACGCCUUGGAAGCGAUGUUAAUCCUUGGAUUCCGAUUUUAAUCCCGAAUUUGUUUUUGUUUUGGCUGUUCUUCUGGAACCCAGUACCGGAGUAUACUGGGAAUGAUCGUUGA